GCCUUUAGCUAGGCUCAAAUGAAUUCGAUUUCGUGUCUGUGUUUACGACAAUUGUGAUCCUCGAUUCACACCGGACAUGAACAUUUCCCGUGUCAAGCGUCCUGUUCUAGAGACCGACUUAUUUGUGUGUAAAUCCCAGUUUUAGAAGUAACCAAGUACACUUGCUUGGUGACCGUACUUGGCUCAGUAGUUCUUAUUGUUUUCUGACCACUUUCUACUCCACUCCGCGUUUUGGGGGAAUAACGAGUGAAAGUUCCCCGUUGAAAUGAAUUGAAAUGCUGUGAUCGUUCCAAAUAACCACCACAAUCCGUGGCGUCCUUUUCCCCCGAAUUUUAUCUUCCGCGCACUCUCCCCCCUCCCGAAGCAAAUGUCUUCAGUCACAUCGUCGUCGAGUUGUAAAAAGUCACCAUCCCUCCUCUGAACACGUGCGAACCAUCUCAAUCAGCUCGGUCCAACUUUUGCCCCAAACCGGCUAAGCGUCUGGUGGGCUUUGUACAUGUUGUGAAUGGACGAAAGGAUACUCGACGAGGAAACGACAUCAACUCACUAGAUGCAAAUGGACAAAAAUGCCAGAAAAGUCCGGAAUCAAGACAUAAAUCCUUGCAUUGACGAAAGUGACGCAUCGCAAAAGUGUUUGGAUUCUUGCAACUACGACAAGAACAUGUGCACGGCCUACUUCCAGAGAUACAAGAACUGUCGGAAAUAUUGGCACAACGUCAUGCUGCGCAGGAGGCGAGAGGGGGUGACACCUGACAUGCCCACUGCGACGGAAAGGCAGGAGAUUCUCUCCGCCCUUGGAGGAAAGCCAUAUUGAGGAGCCAUCAAGCGUCUGCAGAGACCCCGGGGGCUUCGGCGGACGUUGGGUUGUUGCUGCAACGCCAAAGAAGUCUUGUGAAGACAAAGAAACCGCGGCAGCAAUUUGUUUGAGUUUUGCAAACAACGUCACGGCAGCGUAACACCGACUGGACAGCAAAGCAUUUUUACGUUUGCGAAAAUGAAUGCGCAAUUUUUUUUAAACCAACCGCACGGCCCAUGUUAAAUGUCAUCUUCAUGUAUUUAUCCUGUGGCGGGCCAUCAGUGACCCCUGGGAUGUAGUUUGGACACCUCUGUGCUCGUGUGUUGCAGAAUAAAAUGUUUGACGAAGCCUAAA